GCGGCCCCGGCCCGACCCCGCAGCGCGCUGGCCAUGGGCUCCGCGGGCGCGGCGCUGCCGCCCCUGCUCCUGGUGCUGGGCAUUCUUCAUAACUGCUGUGAAGCCUACAAUGUUGGGCUCCUGGAAGCAAAAAUAUUUUCUGGUCCACCAAGAGAGCAGUUUGGAUAUGCAGUUCAACAGUUUAUAAAUGAACAAGGCAAAUGGUUGUUGGUUGGUUCACCCUGGAGUGGCUAUCCUGCGAACAGAACUGGAGAUAUAUAUGCAUGUCCUGUUGGUGUCUCCAAAACCACAUGCAAAAAAUUGAAUUUACAAGCUUUAAUAAAUAUUCCAAAUGUGACUGAAAUUAAAAAGGACAUGAACCUUGGCUUGACUCUGAUACAGAACUCAAAAACUGGAGGAUUUCUGACUUGUGGUCCCUUGUGGGCGCAGCAGUGUGGAAGACAAUACUAUGCAACAGGAGUUUGUUCUGAAAUCAGCCCAAGUUUUGAGAUCUUAAGAAGUUUUUCUCCAGCUGUCCAAAAGUGUUCCUCUGUUAUAGAUGUUGUGGUGGUUUGUGAUGAGUCAAACAGCAUUUAUCCCUGGGAUGCAGUGCGGGCAUUUUUGAAAAAAUUUGUACAAGGCUUAGACAUAGGCCUUAACAAGACCCAGGUGGGUUUAAUUCAGUAUGCUAAUGAUCCCCGAGUAGUCUUCAACUUGAAUACAUAUCAAACCAAGGAUGAGGUUGUUAAAGCAAUGGAGAAAACAUCUCAGAAGGGAGGAGAUCUCACUAAUACUUUCAAAGCCAUUGACAAUGCAAGACAGUAUGCCUUCUCAGCUGAGUCGGGAGGACGCCCGACAGCCACAAAAGUCAUGGUUGUUGUGACAGACGGCGAAUCACAUGAUGGCUCCAACCUGAAAACAGUGAUAGGUAAAUGCAAUGAAGACAAUAUAACCAGAUUUGGCAUUGCUGUUUUGGGAUACUUAAUAAGGCAUGAACUGGAUACUAAAAACUUAAUUAAAGAAAUCAAGGGAAUUGCAAGUCACCCAACAGAGAAGUAUUUCUUCAAUGUGUCAUCUGAGGCUGCGCUACUGGAAGAAGCAGGAACACUUGGAGAACGCAUUUUUAGUAUAGAAGGUACUGAUCAAGGUGAUACCUUCCAAAUGGAAAUGUCACAGGUGGGCUUCAGUGCAUAUUACUCACAAAAAAAGGAUGUUCUGCUGCUGGGUGCAGUUGGGGCGUAUGACUGGAGUGGAACAGUAGUUCAGGAGUCUUCAGACAGAGCCACCACCUUUCCAAGCCAUGUGUUUGAGAAGAUUCUACAGGACAGAAAUCAUAGCUCAUAUCUAGGUUACUCUGUUGCUGUUCUCUCAACUGUGAGCUCUGUCUAUUUUGUUGCUGGCGCACCAAGAUCCAACUACACUGGCAGAGUGGUGGUUUAUAAUGUUGACAGUGAUGGUAAUGUUGCAAUUGUGCAGUCACGGAGAGGCGAGCAGAUUGGCUCCUACUUCGGCAGUGUGGUGUGUUCAGUGGAUGUCGACAGGGAUUCUGUGACAGAUGUGCUGCUUGUGGGUGCACCAAUGUUUAUGAAUGACCUGAAGAAGGAAGAAGGGAGAGUGUACAUGUUUUCCAUCACAAAGAGAAUCUUGGAUCAACAAGAACUCUUGGAAGGUCCACAGGGGUCAGAAAAUGCACGCUUUGGAUCAGCAAUUGCAGCACUUGCAGACAUUGAUUUGGAUGGUUCUAAUGAUGUUGUAAUAGGUGCACCACUGGAAAACCAAAACUCGGGAGCAAUUUACAUUUAUAAUGGAUUUCAAAAGACUAUUCGUACCAAAUAUUCUCAGAAAAUUUUAGGAUCGGAUCCUGCUUUUGGACAAAAGCUCCAGUUCUUUGGAAGAUCAGUAGAUGGCCAUAGAGACUUAGAUGACGAUGGCAUUACUGACGUAUCAGUUGGUGCUGAUGGAAAUGUGGUCGUGCUAUGGUCAAGAGGCAUUGCAAAUGUGUCCAUAACUGCUUCAUUUAAGCCUGAAAAAAUCAGUCUGCUGAACAAGAAUACAGAUAUAACUGUCAAAAUAUGCUUUCAGGCUUCAUUUAGACCUGCUAAGAAAAAUAAUCAAGUGGCUAUAAAGUACAAUGCAACAUUGGAUGCAGAUCUUCAGUCCUCCAGAGUGACUUCUAGAGGAUUUUUCAAAGAAAAUAAUGAAAGGUACAUGCAGAGGGAUCUUGUGGUGCAGAAUGAAGAGAAUUGUGUUCAUGAUGUCUUCAGUGUACAAGAGCCUUCAGAUGCUGUGAAUUCACUUGGUUUGCGCAUUGACAUUGGCCUUGCAAAUCCUGGCUCCAGCCCUGUCCUGGACAUAUCUUCUCCAGCAUCUGUGGCCUAUAGUAUUCCUUUUAUUAAAGACUGUGGUGAAGAUGAACUUUGUGUCUGUGAUCUUGUUCUGAAUGUUCAGCAGAAGGCAGAUGAUGGCAAACAACAGUUUAUUGUCAGCAGCAAAAACAGAAGACUAACAUUCAACGUGAAAUUGAGAAAUAAAAAGGAAAAUGCAUAUAACACCAGAAUCCAGGCUACAUUUUCAGACAACUUGUUUUUUGCUUCAUCUUCUUUACCGAGUGAUGGGACUGAAGUCUCGUGUCAAACAGGAACAGCACAAAGUACAGUCAUUUGCCAAAUAAGCUAUCCUGUUUUCAGAACAGGACAACAGGUAUCAUUUGAUAUUAGCUUUGAUUUCAACCUUAAAAAUCUUCAGAAUGUGGCAGUUCUAAGUUUUCGUGCAUGGAGUGAAAGUAAGGAACAGCAAGACUCGGACAACCAGGUCGCCUUAUCAAUUCCUUUGCGAUAUGAUGCAGAAAUUCACUUCACAAGGCUUGCCAAUAUCAACUUUUAUGAAGUAUACUCUGGUCAUAACAUUCCUUCCACUGUGAAUAAUUUUGAAGAUAUUGGCCCCACGUUCAACUUCUCAGUUAAGGUAACAACAGGAAGUAUUCCAGUAAAGAUGGCAUCUGUAACAAUCAAUCUUCCCGAAAUGACCAGCAAAGGCAACCCAUUGAUGUACCUAACUGCAGUCACCACAGAUGAGGUCAGAGGUGUUACUUGUGAUGCUCAGAUAAAUCCACUGCAAAUAGGGAAAAGACCUUAUUCUCCAUCUUUCAUGAAAGAGAACUUCAGAGCUUCCAAAGAACUGAACUGUAAGAACGUGAAGUGCAGUACCAUCACAUGCAAACUGGAACACAUUGCACUGAAGGGAGAGUACUUUGUGAACGUGUCCACCCAAAUCUGGAAUGGAACCUUUGCUGCCUUAAUUUUCCAGACAUUACAACUCUCUGCAGAAGCAAAAAUUGAUACAAAUGACCCUGAAUUAUUUAUCAUUGGAGAGAAUACCCUAACUAUCCCAGUUACAAUAAUGAAGCCGGAUGAGAAAGCUGAGGUACCAGUAGGUGUUGUGAUUGGCAGCAUAUUGGCUGGACUCCUCUUGCUGUUGGUACUGGUUGCUGUUUUGUGGAAACUUGGCUUCUUCAAGAGACAGUACGAGAAAAUGACACAGGAUAUAGAAGAUGUCGAUGAAAUUGCAGAACUCACAAAGGACAAAGACUGAAGAUGAGUUACAUGGAUAAAGAGGAGAUCUGAGCCACCAAUAGUGGUUGUGAUCAGUCAGUUCUUCAGCUGGAGUGCCUUAAAGCUUAGUAACAUUUAAACAUUUUUAAUGAAAGUGUCUUUAUAGAUGAAAUAUUUUACAGAUUCUACUCUAUUGUAAGAGUAACUGCAGGACAGUUUGGUUUUUUCAAAAAUGAUUUAUAAUGCCUUUUCUUGUAAAUUUUUGCCUUUCAAACAAACUUAACCCUUAGAACUGGCAGGUCCGGAGUAUACAGUAACAUACUGUUCCAGCAGCCCUUCUCUUGAUCCACUGCAGAGUGAAACAGAAGAAUUUAUUUCAGAUUAUUGUGGAACAGCAUCACUUGGUAAUUCAGUUGACAAGUACCACAUGUGUUAAAGGACAUUUUCUAUUAAGCUGAUGAUGAAUGUGUGGUGAAUACUGCUUCCAGACUGGGAGAAGAAAAGUCAUUUUUUCAUUGACUAGCUCCAUCCUUAUUGUUUUAGAAAAAUAAUUUCCACCAGCAAACCUUUGCUUUAACUAAUCUAUAAACUGGGAACUGUGUAUGAAGAUGUCUGUCUGGAUGCUACAGGACAACUGGUUGGGCAAAGUCUUCCAAAAGUUCUUAUUUCUUGCACUAAGGUCACAACUAAAUUACUGAAGGAUAUUGUUUUGGGGAAGUAUUGUCAAAUAGUAUGUAUAACUGUCUUCUGCAUACUUUCUUCCUGAGAAGAAAAUAUGAAUUUCAUAAUCACUUACAGCAUGUUCUCUGCAAUGUUAUUACUUAUUUUCAUCUUGAGAAGCACUACUACUGUUAUGCUGGCCUUUAUACUCUCGGUCCCUCUGAUAUCAGUUUGGUCUUUGACAUAAAUAGAAAAGACAGUCAAGAUCUUGCCUUUAAUUCUGUACUGAAAGAUUUUGCAAGACUAAGAGCAUAGAGUGAACUAAAGGGGAUAGCUGACUGAGGACUUAUGCACGUUACAAAAGGGGAUAGUGAAGAUCUAAGCUCUGUAAAAUGUUUACUGCACUUACUUCUUUAGCAUCUCAGUGCCCUCCAGGAGACCAAAGUUCAGUACAACCUCCUUACCUACCACAUUUUUUUUGGUCCUACCUGUUCAUGUCUUGAUGAAGUUAACUUAUGUUUUAUACAGUGAAGUACUGUAGUGCUUUGGAAUGAGCUCUGAGCACAACACUUGAGUGACUUUGUGUUGGUUACACACCUCAAGUUUAUCACAUGCUGUUACGCUGCCUGGUUAUAAUGAAAGCUCAGUCUUAUACAAGGCCCAUGCUGUAAGACUGGUAACAGUCAGGGGAAUUGGCCUUUUGCUUGCCUUUCUCUCUCAUGCCUGUCAGUUACACUUAAAAUUGAUUGUGAGAGAAGAUGUGUGUGUUUUUUGUAUGCAUGCUGCCAUGCAAGUGAGAUUGUCUGCAACUUGAGGUGAUUUACUUGUAGAGUAAAACAUGCAAAUGUGCCUGAUUGAGAACACGAAGUCAUGGUUUCUUCCCCCCAAAGCUGGCUUGUAAUUAUGCUUAGGCACUUUUCCAUUAUUUUUUGAGGGACUAGGCUUAAGCACGUUUGAAAGUUUUACUCAGUCUUUUUUAAUAGCUAAUCAGUCAAAAGCCAACCAUGUCUUUGGCAAAUAACAGCUUCAUUUGCAGCAACAGCUGGAUUAUGCUCAGUGUAGUUUUAUAUGUGUUUUGAAUUUAUUUUGUAUCUAUGAAAUGUUAUGUUUUGGGACAUUUUGUUGCGGUUUUUCUAACAUUCUGAAAAACAAUUCAGAUUCUUAUAUCAAUUAUCAAACAAGAUUAUUGCCAUCAGCUAAGUCUGUGACCAACACAAAUAUUUAAAAAGUGGGGAAAAAAUAUCAAUUGCAUAAAUCUAAAGAAUAAGCUCCUGACUUGUAAUUAUAAACUUUGAGGGCAAAUGCUCUGAGAGUAGAAAGAAAAAAUUUGUCUGCCUCAAUUCUUAUAUAAACUUGUGCAGAAAAAAAUAAUGCCUACAGCCAUGUAUGUGGGAAGUUCCUACAUAAUCAGGGUCAUGCACUCCAGAGCAGAGAGGGAAUUUCACAAUACACCAGAUGGUAGAAUUUUCAAUUUCUGGUGCUGCCUACCAGGCAAUUCAGGCCUUGACCCAGAUUUCCUUCUUCUGCAUUCAGUGGGAAGUGCAGGUCAAUAUCAAAUAUGCAUCUUCUUUGGGGAUUUAACAGUUUAUCAAUCAGGUAGCAAUGAUUCAAUUCACUAGCCUUCACUGGGUUAUAUUUUGACACGGACAAUAUAAUUCUCCUUCCCAGCCUGGACACAAUACUGCUUUUCCAAAAUAAAGGGGAGACAUAGCAAUGGGUAAGGUUUUUGUAUUCUAACCUAACCACUCCAAGUUACUAGUUUAUUUUUCUUUUACAAUUAAUACUUAAAUGGAUAUUCAGUUUUUGUAAUGGCUAAGUCUGUUGCACUUUUAAGUUGGCACAACCACAAAUAAUACUGGAAAUAUUAUGUAUAUUUUGUAUUGUGUGCAAGGGUUUGGUUUGUUUUUUCCUUUUAAGUUUACUUUUUUAAAGCAGCAUGUUUUAAAUACCCUGAAAUUUUCAGCUUCAGCAUGUACUUCUCUUUGUGCUUGCAGCAAAAAAGUCAGCAAUACCUUCAGCAAACUCAAGUUAUAUCUGAUUCUGGUCUUGAAAUCUAGCUGCUGAUUUCCUGAAGUACUAGAAUCAAGUCCAAAAUCUGAGCAGGUUUCAUGUGAGCCUAUGUAUAAAAUUGGAAUAUACGAGAGAGUUUAUAAUAAAGUUGACUUCUAAAAGCUAGCAUGUAAGCUCUGUGGGAGCAGGGACUGUAUCACUGUGGUGGCCUGUCUGAGGGCCUAACAGCAUUACUGCAAUAAAACCCAAGACUACUGCUGAACACAGACUCAUUUAUUUUUAGACAGCACCCUAAAGAGAACCAGUGCUACUGAAAAAGCACUGCAUAAAAUGGGGCCAGAUAUGGCUUUGUCCCAGUAGCACACAGUGAGAACCUGAGGGUUUGACUCUGCUAGGUAGACAAAGACACUGCACCUGAAGUCUUGCAGAUCACAGUCCAGAGUGAAACAUAACCAGUAAGCUGUACUGUACUGUAACCCAGCUCACGUAAGCGCAAAAUAUUUGUAAAGCUCUAGCUGAGUAGAUGGUGUUAAAACGUUACCAUGGCCAGGCCUUCCUAUAAACAUGGGCUUAUUAUCACUGCUAUCUAAAAUCACAUCCCAUUCUGCCAGUCUCUGCACUUUAUCUAUUUACAGAAUUGGUCAGCAGUAGCUUUUCACAACUCUGGCUCUGGCUAUACCCCACCAUAUGCUGGAAAAGCUGAAUUCAACUUUUCAGCAGGAACAAUGUGGCAAAAGAAGAGAGGGAGGAACUUGGCUAUGAAUAGAAAGAUGACAGGAAGACAAUAUUGUCAGAAAGUACCACCUGAAAACUACACAUUUUUACAUAGCUUUUAAUUUCCACUUCCAAUUACUUCAUACUUUUACCAGUGGUACAUAAACACUUAGGUUUCAGGCUACCAGUUUUGACACUUCCAUCAUAGAAUAUCAGAUAAACCAAAUCUUAAGGCACAAAGUUCCGUCUUUCAGCAAGUCUUAACUGUCUGCAGAAUUACGAGCUAGAUUCCUUAUAUACCGACUUAUGUAUGUGCUGGUUUUGAUUGGGGCAGAGGUGCAGUAGUUAGUAUGGGGCUGUGUUUUGGAUUUCUGCUGGAAACUGUUGAUAACUCAGGGAUGUUUUAUCUGUCAGUAAGCAGUGCUCACAGGUUCAAGGCCUUUGCUGCUCUUCACCCCACCUCACCAGCAAGGAGGCUGGGGGUGCAUAGGAAAGUGGGAAAAGGACAGAGAUGUGACAACUGCCCACAACUGACCACAGGCAGUCGGAGUGUUUGGUGUUUGUCUUCCCAAGCCACUGUCACAUGCAAUGGAACUCUGCUUUUCUGAGUUUGACUCAACCUGCCUGCCAAUGGGAAGUGGUGAAUGCAUUCUUUUGUUCUGCUUUGCUUGCAUGAGCAGAUUUUACUUUCCCUAUUAAACUUCUAUCUCAACCCAUGAGACUUCACACUUUUACUCUUCCUAUUCUCUCCCCCAUUCCACUAGUGGCAGUGUGAGUGAAUGACUGGGUGGGGCUGAGUUGCUGACUGGGGUUAAAGCCCAUCCAAAACAGAACUACAACAAAAGAUUGCAAAUUAAAGACUAAAAGAAUUAAGGUAUGAAAAUGCAUCUCAAAAUCUAUAGCUAAUUACCUCAAUUUUUUAUUGCCUGUGAAAGUAAAUGAAGUGUACAUUUUCAUAGCUUUAAAAAAGUGUCCUACAUUUUAAGUGAACCUUUUUGUUCUCAGUUAAUCAGUCAAUUAUUUGUAUGCAAUCACAGGUUUUAGUAUGCUAGCAGUUUUUAAAAUGUACUUUCCCCUUAAAAUAGUCAAAAUGGAACUUCUAUAGAAAGAACUGCUACAAAGAUAGAUCGGGGUGCUAAUUUAUGGUAAGUUGAUACAAUCAAACUUUAUGGUGUGUUUGUUUUUCAAAAAACUGGCCUAAGGUACUCAAAGAAACUGGUAAUUUAUAGUCAUCAGUCUAUUCUGAACUCUUUUCAAUCACCUCCACAGGACAGUUAAUUGUAUUUAAUGGCAUUUAAUGCUCAAGGCUGUUUUUCACAGCAUUUUAAAAGGGAAAGGGCAGCACUGUCUGCUUUAACAUCUAAUUUGUUAAUAAUUAGAUUUACCAGUUCUUCCUUUUAAUGCUUCUGAAGCAACAAAUGAAUGUGCUACUCUAUAAAACUACAACUUAUUGGAACAGCUGUGCAUAAAGUGAGCAGAGAGAAAGGCCAAAAAUCUAGUUCAAAGUUGAGCAUCUAAAGGCUUCAUUCCUGAGUGCAGCAGUGCCACUUUCAUGAGCAACAGCCAAAGUGAGGGCCUGUAUUUGCCAGCAUGGGCAGCACCUGAGCUCAGCCAUCUCUUGGCUACCAUCUCCUGGGGAGGCCCCUUAUAAAACAACCCCUUCCUCCCCCGCCUCACUAUUCCAUGACAAUCCAUCAGCUGCUGUUUUCAUCGUAUGCAUCAGGCUGAGCUUGAGAACAGAGCACAAGGCUCAAAAUCAGGAAAGGAAACUCUUAAAAUCAAUCAGUGCUGGUACAUGGAUGUUCAGCCAGACAAAGGGGUGGAUCAGUGUAUUCAAAUUUUGCCAGCCAAGACUAAAGCAUCUUUUCAGUAGGACAAAUUAUCGCUCUGAAGACAUGCACUUCCACAGACAGCCCUCAUCUGGCAGAUAUCUACAGGAAUCACAUGGUGACCCUCUGGGUCUGUAGCAUUUGUGUUUGGGAACAUUGCUCUAUGCACCAGAGCCACCAACUCAACACAGCUGGCCUCAUGAAGAGGUGGGAUUAGCCUUUACUCUGGACAAGGAAGAGAAACAGCUGGACUCAUCCCAGAAAGCUGGGUCUUCCUUGUAGACAGAUCUGCAGCUGUCUAUCCUCCCACUCAAUGGACCUCACCAUAACACAGAGUAGCCCUCAUCCAGCACUGUAGUUCUGCAUGUGUGGACAGCAAGAAUUGCAACAACAUCUUUUCUUAACACACAUUGAGACACUGCUGGGAUUCAUCCCUUGGCCUGGCAAUUUGUAAAUGCUUCUGGGACACUUCAGACACAGCUUAAGCAUUUAUCUUAGAAUACAGUAAUCUGCCCUCUUAUGAUAAUACUGCCCUAGCAGAGAGGGCAGCCCUACAGAGGGAGGCAGAACACUGAGCAUGAACUUAAAUUUCAGUGAGAUACAUUUUACCUCUAAUUAGCACACCAUCCCUCCCAGAAACAUUUCCAUUUCGCUUUUACAUGCCAGCUGAAGAACCCAAAGUUACACAAGACUGAUAUAUCAUUGUUCCAGAACAAAGCAGUACUUGCCUCAUGCACAGCUAGGGACAAAAAAUGACAUUUCAUUGUCUUUACCAUGGCAGCAUACACACAUUGUAACACUCAGCUGUGACUCAGUACAACAUCUCUUCCAUUCAUUGUUCCUGGUCACUGUGGGGAAGUACACAAUUAUUCUCUCUUCUGCACCCUUCUUCCCAGCUGCAUUGCUGAUGGGGAAGGUGCACUUAAGGUCACCCUGGAAAAAUCUUCCAGGAGACUGCAGUGCUAGAAAGGCACUAAAGAGACACUACUGCAACUCAGGAAUUGCCCCUGAUCAUGGGGUCCCAAAUAGAAUUUAACAAUGGUAACAAAGAUAUACUAUAGAUUUUCUGUAUCAGAGCACAACACUAGUAUGGAACCACUGCAUAAGUUUUACUUAAUUCAUAAAAUAUCCACUGAAAAACAAGCUAACAUUUAUUUUUGUGAAAUUAAUACACUAAUUAGUUGCAUAGUAACAGCAAACAUAAACAUGGAAAAAUGAACACCACGUAUGAAAAAGCUCAUGUAUUUCUUUCUCUUCUAAAGUGAAAAAUAAUUCUUUCACAAGGCAAGUGAUUGUGCUCAGUAUUCUGUACAAUUCCCAGGAAAAAUGACAUUCAAACAGCAGAGGGCUUCUCUCCAACCUCCAAAAAAACCGAAAACUCAGUCUUGUACUUGACCACCUCUGCUUAGAUAAUAAGGCCCACAUGGUUUGUAGAAUGUGUUAUCUGUAAACAUGCAAAGAGCAGCUGCUGUCCUGCAGAUGAAGGCCUGACUUCCACUGAGGAAAGUACAUCAAUAAUUUAAUAAUCACAGUUUAACAAUGUUUCUGCCUGAAGCUGUAUGUUUCCUUAAAAUUGCUUAAUUCAGAUACAGUAACUAAGUAUUAAAAGUGAUUAAAAUCCCUGGGGGAAAAAAAACGAUCAUGACCUACUUUCCCCAUUUUACUUUGUGCAACUAGAAGUUGUUAGUAGAUUUUUGCAGACACAAUAAAAUACAAUAUACAGCUGAAGCUUCACUAGUAUGUGAUGUAAUGAUUACAGAAUCAAAGACUGGUUUGUGUUGGAAGGGACCUUACAGAUCAAGUUGCAACCAUCCUGAUAUAGGCUGGGACACCUUCCACUAGACCAGGUUACUCAGAACCCCGUCCAGCCUGACCCUGAACCUUCCCAAGAAUGGGGCAUCCACAGCUUAUCUGGGCAACCUGUGCCAGUGCCUCCCCACCCUCAGAGUAAAGAAUUUAUUCCUAUUAUCUGAUCCAAGCCUACCCUCAGUUCAGCUUAAAGCCAUUCCCCCUUGUCCUUGUGAAAAUUCCCCCUCCAAACUUACUGUAAGCCCUGUUUAGGUACUGAAAGGUGAUGUAAGGUUUCUCUGGAGCUUUCUGCAAGCUGAAAAACUCCAGCUCUCAGCCUGUCUUCAUAGGAGUGGUGUUCUAGUGCUCUGAUAAACUUAGUGGUCCUCCUCUGGACUCAUUCCAACAAAACUUCUUGCACUGGGGGCUCCAGAACCAGAUGCAGUGUUCCAGCAGGGUCCCUUGAGGGCACAGCAGAGGAACAGAAUCAAACCCUUUGACCUGCUGGCCCUGCUGCUUUCGGUGCCGCCCAGGACAGAGCCAGAUAUCUCGGCUGCAAGUGCACAUUGCCAGCUCAUACUGAGCUUUUUGUUCACAAAUACCCUCAAGUGUUUCUCCCCAGUGCUAGUCUUGAUCCAUUCUCCCUCCAGCUUGUACUUGUGAUUGGGAUUGCCCUGACUCAGGAGUACGACCUUGCACCUGAAUUAUAAAUAACUAUAUAUGAUAUAGGAACAUAUAUAUGAGCAACUGAGCAAAUCAUUUUGCAUUACCUUAUUUUCCUUCACUUGUAUCUACCUUGUCUACACUGAUAAUGAC